GUGUAAAGAAUAAAAGACAUGGUUAUGUUCCGGAAAUUAACCAUUUCAGAGCAGCUCUCACAGACUCCCCAGGAGAACAGCUUUUUCAAAGGUUUAAAAGAUGGCAUUCUUUAAGAAGUUUCUCCAGAAAAUUUGUGAUGAUGACAGCAGCAAGGGUUCUAAAGAUGGUUCUGCAAACUUUGGAACAGUCAAGGCUGAUCCCAAUUUUAAUGCCCAAAAUGAUGCUGAAAAAUUGAAGAAAGCCAUUGAGACGAAGGUAGAAGGUGUGGAUGACGCCACUAUUGUAGAGGUGAUAGCAAAGAGGAGCAAUGCACAAAGACAACAGAUCAAAGCAGCUUAUCAGCAGAGUACAGGAAAACUUUUGGCAGAUGCACUGAAAAAGGCUUUGAAGUCGGACUUUGAGGAAGUGGUCCUGGCCUUGCUGAUGACUCCCCCUGAAUAUGAUGCAUUUGAAAUGAAAAGAGCCAUGAAGGGUCUUGGGACAACAGAGUCUGUCUUAAGUGAAAUUCUAGGGACCAGGUCAAACAAGGAGAUCACAGCAAUGAAAAAUACUUUCAAAGAAGUCUAUGGAAAAGUGCUGGAGGAACAAGUCAAAGGUGAAGUUAGUGGAGAUCUUGAAACUACACUGCUUGCACUUUGCAAGGCUACCAGGAGUGAAGACCAUAAAAUUGACAAUGGGCUUGCAAAGAGUGAUGCAAAGGCUCUGUUUGAGGCAGGAGAGAAGCAGAUCGGUACUGUUUGCUCUGUCAUAAUUAAUGUCCUCACAUCAAGGAGUGAAGCUCAGUUGUGUAAAAUUUUCCAGUAUUAUGGCAAAUACAGCAAGGAGGGUUUGGCCAAAGCAUUGGAGAGUGAGCUUCAUGGAAACCUUGAAGACUGUCUGAUGACCCUGGUGAAGGCUGCUUGGAACAAACCUGCCUUCUUUGCAGAAAAACUCCACCUGGCCAUGAAGGGCUUAGGAACCAACACUGACACACUGACUAGAAUCAUUGUGAGUCGUUCAGAAAUUGACCUGCUGAAAAUCAUUCAAGAAUAUAAGAGGAUGUAUGGCAAAACCCUUCAGGAGGCUAUUAUGAAGGAAACAAGUGGAGAAUAUGAGAAGAUUCUGCUGGCUCUCUGUGGCACUCAAUAAUCAUCUCUUACAUGUCCAUGAAAAACAUCUGCAAAUUCAUUACAUGACCAACCCAUGCCAGCACAACUUAAUCCCACAUAGUUGUUUUGUGAAAACAGUUUCAUUUAAAUAUAAAAAAAUGUCAGUUAUUGUGCACACUUUAAGUGUUAUUGUCAGUAUAAUAUUCCUAGCUACAACUUCAACUACUAUUUUCAUAGUAGAAAUUUAAGUAUUUAUUACAGUUAUAACAACUGUAUCUUAUUAUUAUUAUUGUAACAAAUCACUUUGUAAUCCUGCCAAUAUUUUACAUUGUGAUGAGCAUAUCAAUUAGCAUGUGAUAUAGUAUGUAAGAAACUGUGACCUUAUCUGUCUACCUUAGACAAAUUCCACAACCAAUAAACUUCAGUUUAAAGCA